UCCGCUUCGUUCUCCGUUUUGGUUCAUGCAAUCUCUGUUACUGUACCUCCUCUCCUUUCCUACCUUCCACCUUUUCUACUCAUAUAUAAAUUGCUAAAUAGCUUCUUCAAAACACACUUCCAUACAAACCCGAACUCUUAGCUUAAACGUCUUCUGACUUUUCAAUUUCUAAAAGAUCGAAAAACCUUGACCAGUAAAUAAAUCCUCACCUUUUGUUGAACGAAUCCAAUACCUAAAAGAUUAAAUAUAUAUGCUUUUGUUGACUCAAAUAUCUCGAGCUCUGUUUUGUUUUGUUUGAUUCUGAUAGUGAUUUUUCGUGUGCAGAAAAAUGUUUUCUCUGUGUCAUCAUAUACCAGAGUAUGAUAUCGGAGAAGAAGUAUCCUGAUCCAGUCCUCGAAGAGCCAAUCUUAGCGUUUGGUCCACUCUCAGCUGCUUUGCCGAUGAUCUAUUGCGGUGAAGACUCUUCACAAGGGCUUUCUGAACUUCAUGAUCUCAGUCUGGGGUUACUGCAAAGUGGUGAACAUCUUUUUUUUCUUUUUUUUUUGAAACUGAGUGGAACAUCUUGACAAUACUUUUUAAGAAUGUUAGCACGAUCUCAUGAUGAAAUCAAGUAUGGAGCGAUUUCUGCUGUUUUAGACAUCAAGAACAUCACUGCCGUGACAAUGGCAGCAAUAGAUGAGAGCCAGGAUAUGCAGAAGAGUGUAAGAUCGGCGUAGUUGAUCCCUUAUGAUUGGCCACAGGUGAGUUGUUGAGAUUCAGAAUUUCCCUUAUUUUGCUCAGUUGGAUUUUGGUUUUGAUUAUGGGAUGCCACGAGCCUUUUAAUGUUUCUGAAGCGUCCAAGUUCCCCGAUGAGCAGUGGGAUCCCAUGUUUACAGUCAGCCUUGCUCAGAAAAACCACCAUCCGCAGCAGUUUCAGACCAAAGGCCCUGCUAAUGUUCCUCCAGAUGGAAUAAGAUUCCCGAAAAGUUGUGUCUUCAACACUCCUCUCUAUGAGCAAGUUGUUAAUGAAGCGCCAAAGUUAAGAUAUGAAUAGGGUAACCUAUUCGAUUGUGGAGUUUGAUCCCAUAUGGACUUAUGCUAUCAGGCUUAUGACAGCAAUUUAUUCCUCUUUUGGAAGCGUUGUAUGAUAUCAAUGUCGUUGUCAAAGUAAAAGCGCAAUCCUGAUGUGGUUGUGAGUGAUAGUUUCCCUGUAAAAGUGAAAUAUUUGUAAGCAUUUAGUUUGACAUAAACUUUAUGUUUAGUUGAUUACCUUCAUGUAACUGUGGAAUGAUACUUGUUAUGAUUACGAUUUGGUUUUUCGUGAUAGAUAUGCGAUUUAGCUCUCUGUAA